UUUGACCCUCAGGAGGAUGAGGGCAGGAAAGCCAGGCGCCGGAACUGAGGAGAUUUAAGGGGGAAAACGGCGUCUCCUGAGGGACCGUGAGGGAGGGGGCGUGGCUGCGCAUGCGCAGUGCGGGUGGAGCGGCGCAGACACGCGGCGGAGGAGCCUCUGAGGGAGCCUUCGGGGAAAUGGAGCGCCGCGCGGACGGAGGACGCCUCGCCCGGCCUCUUCUCAGCAGCCUGGCCCUUGAGGAGCAAGAAGGGGAAAGUGGUGAUCUGACAGACAGCGAAGAAAGUGUCUUCUCUGGUCUAGAGGAUUCUGGGAGUGACAGCCUCACAGAGGAGGAGGAAGAGGAUGGCGACCAUGGCAGUGGAGCGGAGGAGAAUCCUGAUGACCCGUUGUCCUCAGAAAGUACCCAUGCUGGAGAAGUUCCCAAGAAGAAAGUGACAUUGGGCCGGAAGAUGAAGGGCACAAGGACCGGCCAGCGCACAGAGACCUGUCAACAGGAAGCGCCCCUGGAGAAUGAAUAUGCAGAAGACAGCUCCGAUGAGGAGGACAUUCGCAACACGGUGGGCAACAUUCCCAUGGAAUGGUACCAGGAUUUCCCCCACAUUGGCUACGACCUGGACGGCAAGAAGAUUUACAAGCCCAUCCGCACCAAGGAUGAACUGGACAAGUUCUUGGAGAAGAUGGAGAACCCUGAAUACUGGAGAACAGUCAAUGACAAGAAGACCGGGGUGGAUGUGAAGCUGACCGAUGAACAGGUGGAGCUGGUGAACCGUCUCCAGCAAGGGCAGUUUGGCGAUGUGAAUUUCAAUCCUUAUGAGCCCUCAGUGGAUUUCUUCAGCAGCCAGGUGAUGAUCCAUCCUGUGACCAAUCGCCCAGCGGACAAGCGAAGUUUCAUCCCUUCUCUCAUUGAGAAGGAGAAGGUCUCUCGCUUGGUCCAUGCCAUCAAGAUGGGCUGGAUCAAACCACGGAAGCCCAAGGAGGAGACGCCAGCCUUCUAUGACCUUUGGGCUCAGGAGGACCCCAACUCCAUUCUGGGCCGCCACAAGAUGCAUGUGCCAGCCCCCAAGCUCCCUCUGCCAGGCCAUGAGGAGUCCUACAACCCACCGCCUGAGUAUCUUCCCACGGAGGAAGAGAAACUGGCCUGGGAGCAGCAGGAGCCCUCGGAGCGCAAGCUGAGCUUCCUGCCCCAGCGCUAUGAGCAGCUCCGCCGGGUACCGGCCUUCCCUCACUUCAUCCACGAGCGCUUUGAGCGCUGCCUCGACCUUUACCUGUGCCCACGCCAGAGGAAGAUGCGGGUCAGUGUGGAUCCUGAGGAUUUGAUCCCCAAGCUGCCCAAGCCACGAGAUCUGCAGCCGUUCCCCACAGUCCAGGCCUUGGUCUACCGUGGCCAUACCAGCAUCGUGCGCUGCCUCAGUGUCUCCCCCAGUGGACAGUGGUUGGCAUCAGGUUCUGAUGAUGGCACCGUGAAAUUCUGGGAGGUCUGCACAGCACGGUGCAUGAAGACCCUCCCCGUGCAAAGCUGCGUGAAGAGCGUGGCUUGGAACCCCAACCCCACCGUCUGCUUGGUUGCCAUCGCCGUAGAGCAGUUGGUGCUGCUGGUGAACCCUGGCCUUGGGGACAAGCUGCUGUACGGGGCCACCGACCAGCUCCUGGAAAACUACAUGCCCCCUGAGGAGGAGCGUCCGCAGCCAGUCAAGUGGGAGGAAGCAGACGGAGAGGACCGCACCUGGGGCGUGCGGCUCAUCGUCAGGCAUGGGAAGCCCCUGAAGCAGGUGACGUGGCACGGGAAGGGAGACUACUUUGCCACGGUGGUCUCCGACAACAGCCACCUGCAGGUCCUGAUCCACCAGGCCAGCAAGCGGUGGAGCCAAGCACCCUUCCGCCGGAGCAAAGGCCAGGUGCAGUGUGUCCUCUUCCACCCGCUGCGGCCCUUCUUCUUUGUGGCCACACAGCGCUUCAUCCGCGUCUACAACCUCCUCAAGCAGGAGCUGACCAAGAAGCUCCUUACCAACUGCAAGUGGGUCUCCAGCAUUGCUGUCCACCCAGGAGGUGACAACUUGAUCUGUGGCAGCUAUGACAGCAAGCUCGCCUGGUUUGACCUGGACCUCUCCACAAAGCCCUAUCGUGUUUUGAGGCACCACAAGGCAGCGCUGAGAGCUGUGGCUUUCCACUCGCACUACCCACUCUUCGCCUCAGGCUCCGACGACGGCAGCGUCAUUGUUUGCCACGGAAUGGUCUACAAUGACCUGCUUCAGAACCCCCUCAUUGUGCCUGUGAAGGUGCUGAAGGGCCACACGCUGACCCACGACCUGGGGGUCCUCGACGUCCUCUUCCACCCCAGCCAGCCCUGGCUCUUCUCCGCGGGGGCCGACGCCACCAUCCGCCUCUUCACGUAGCCCCCUCCCCUCCCAGCCACCUCGGGGGUCUCCUGAAGAGCAGAAGGGCAGCUGGGGCCUUUGCCUUGGCCCAGACCUCUCACUCUUCAGAGGAAAAGAGAGGGCCGGAGCCUUUGGCCAGGGAGCUCAGCAGACUCUGCAGAACUGGUUUUGUAAUUAAAUGUGAGGUCUUUUUGUC